UGAGCAAAUGGGUAUAACGAGUCUUGCCACGGGUUGCGAUGCCGCACCAGGUAUAAGAACUACCCUCCAUAUCCCGUGGGUUUCUUGUCCCUCCUGAUUAGACAUCAACUUCUCGAACACGUUUACAGGAUGCGACCAAUCCCUUGUGCUUUUGAUCCCGUUGGGAUCUCGUUUGCCUCAGAGGGUAAACAGGAAAGCUUUGAAUUUCUACGGGAAGCUCUCUCUCAUCCCGUACCAGGCCUCGAGAACUGCAAUGUUAUCCAGCCGCUUUCCGUGGGGGUGCCGUGGCCAACGUCCUUCCCUGCCGCAGCCCAGUGCAAGUAUUGGAAGGACGCAGAAGCUGCAGCAGCAGAGAUGAUGGAUGAGAUCGUAGCCUCCUCGCCGGAACAGCAGGGAUCAUUGCCGUCAGAGAUGGCUAAUGCAAGCAAGAAAGCAGCUAAGAGGAGGGAACUUCUCGACACGUCUGUAUCCGCUCCGAUGAACAUGUUCCCGGCAGCGAAUGCCGCACGAGCAAGGAUAAUGGCCAAGGCAAACUUACUCAUCUUCACACACGACGAUGUCAUUGAAUCCGCUACGGUUGAGGUUCCGACUAUAAUUGAUUCUGCUUUUGCCGAUACUGUUGGUUCAAAUGGAACGGGUGCGGACAUAUUGUGGAAAAACAAAAUUUUCAAGGACUUCGCAGAUGAAUGUGUCAAAGAAGAUCCAGUUGUGGGACCGACGUUCGUGAAAAGUAUACUACUUUGGGUGGAACACACUCGCAAACGACUACCUAGUUCUAUGACCUUCAAUUCACUCGAAGAGUACAUUGAUUACCGUAUCGGCGACUUCGCCGUUGAAUUCUGCGAUGCAGCUAUAAUGUUGACGUGCGGGACCUCCGUUUUGACCGAGGCUGAUAUGGAACCUCUCAAUACUCUACACCGACUCUACAUGACCCAUUUCUCGUUGACAAACGAUUUAUACUCUUAUAAUAAAGAGCUCUACGCCUUCAACGAGAGUGGAGCUGCGCUCGUAAACUGUGUCAGAGUUAUAGAACUACUCCUCAAUACUACGCCUCGAUCGGCGAAGGUCAUUCUCCGGGCAUACCUGUGGGAUCUCGAACUACAAAUCAACGACGAGCUCUCUCGGCUCUUGAAAACUGAUCUCACUCCCGAUCAAAGGCGCUUCGCACGUGGUAUGGUAGAAGUGUGUGCAGGGAAUAUCUUUUAUUCUGCAACUUGUUUGCGAUAUGCUAAGCCCGGUCUGCGAGGUGUUUAGGAUGGUUUAGGAGUCGGGAAUGGAGCUUGGUAACUGCCACAGCGUAGGCGUGUCGUAACAACGACUUUACGACUUUCCUUGCUGACAUAUGGGGUUAUCUUUAGGUGAACGGGAUUUAGAUUAGUUCUCUCCUAUUUGUUAUGCUAGUCAGGAUAUUUAAAUUAUUCGUAAGGCAAGCAUAGGUACCUCCUAAG